CGGCGGCCGUGUCGUGCCGCGCCGUGCUGCCUCGCGACGAUCGCACCGGCGGCCGUGGCAGGUGAAAGCAACCGAACCCAACAAGAGCGGGGGGACAGGAAGAGAUCGGAGGCAGCUGCCCCAACCUAGGUUCUCACAGUAAAGUGUACCAAAUGGACCAUGGGAGUUCCCCAACGAAGGUACGUAAGUCUGUUGUGGAUGAAGAUUUCAUCAGCAAUCUACCGGAAGCUCUCAAAGACAAAAUCCUAUGCUGUCUGCCAAUAAAAGAAGCUGUUGGAACUUGCCUCUUGUCAAGGAGUUGGAGGUACACAUGGGCUUCAAUGACCGAACUGAUGUUCAGGAGAGCUGAUUUUGCUUCAGGAAAUGGCAAUGCAGACGAUGACACAUGCAGAUUUCUUAAGUUCACUGAUAUGUUUCUCUUCCUCCACAACGGUCCAAUUCUGAAAUUUGGCCUGAAUACCAUAGAGAAUGAAAUGGUAUCCACUGGAGGACACCUUUCCCGUUGGAUGCUUAUGCUGUCAAGAAAUAAGAUUAAGGAGAUUCAACUUUGGACAAGUAUACGUGACAGUUACAAGAUCCCUUCUUGUUUCUUCUCCUGCCAUGAACUAGAAUAUGUAUAUCUGCGAGCUUGUUUUUUCACUAGUUUACAGUUGCCACCUCUAUCUAAAGGCUUCAAACAAUUGCGUACUCUUCGUCUGGAAUAUGUCAGCGUGCAAGGAAGCAGUUUAGAGGAUUUAGUAGCGAGUUGCCCGAAUUUGGAGAAACUUAGUAUUUGUAGAUUGUGCAGCAAAUCCAAUAUCAAUAUUCGUUCAACAAAGCUCAAGAUGCUAACAAUUGAAGGCCGGUUUAUACACCUCAAUCUGCAUGCUCCUUAUCUUACUUCUGUAUGGAUUGGACUGGAACUGAAAUCUGACACAGAUGGUGCUUUGACGGCCAGAUGCAACUUCAAUCUUUCUCCAUUUAUUGCUUCUCUUUCUGAUGUUGAGACUAUUAGGUUUCAUGGACAGAUCCUUGAGUGCGUAGAACAUGAAUUUCUGAUUCUCAAGCAGCCAAGAUUAUUCAACCGGCUGACAGAGAUAAGCCUGGAGAUCAAUCUCGGUAAUCUCAAGCAAGCAAAUUUUGCCUUGUCCUUAUUUCAGCAUGCCCCCAACCUACGACUUGUCAAACUAAAGUUUAUUUCCAGGAAUUCCGUGGUACCAACGGUGCAUUUCUGGGAAUCAUUAAACCGUGAUGUCUGUCUCUUCCAGAACGUUGAUGUAGUUAGUCUGUUCAACUUUACUGGCUCCUUUGCAGAGCUAGCCUUCUUGAAACUUCUACUUGAAGAUGCACCGGUGUUAAGAAAAGUGAGAAUAAGCGACAAGGGAUUGGACAAAGAUGUCCUAAAAAAUCUUCUGAUGAUGAGAAGAGCAUCAAGGGAUGCAGAAAUAUUGAUUCUUUGAGACUUGUUUCCCCCACUCGAAAAAGGAUCAAGUCCAAUCUAAUGAAGGAACCAGUCAAGACGAUAGGAAGGAACGGUAUCAAACUCGUGCUGGGAACUUCGAACAACUCUACUACUAUGGUUUGGUGCGAUCUUGUAAGACGCGAGCUCUGAAGUUAGGGUGUACCCCGUGGUCCUGUGAAAAACAGUGUUGCCUCAAGAGUUGCUUACCUGUUGUGUCAAAGUUCAGAAAGAAAAUGUUUGUCAACUUAACUUGUGCUGUGCAGCCUAUUGCCAAAUUUGCUGGGUACUCUCAGUGUAUUCCUAUGGGGUCGCUAGGUCCUCUGUUAUGUCUCUUGUGUGUUAAAGUUGGUAUGAUAAACUUCACUGGUUGCCACCCCUCA